GGGAAAGGUACUAGGAUGGUUUGAUCCGGAGGGAACAACAACAAUCGGAGAAAAGUGGAAGGAUAGCAAGGAAGGAGAGGGGAAUAGUAUGGCUGGUGAAACCGGUAGUUCCGAGGGCGGGCUCAAGAAAAUAGUAUUCACCCUCACGCGGGCAUUGAACAAAAAUCAGGGCUACCUCGCGGAUGCCAAGAAGAAGCUCACCUUUGAUGGGGCGAAUAUCACCGAAUUCCUAAUAGACUACGAGAAUCUGGCAGCCCUGAUGAAAUGGAGCGAGGAAGAAAAGAUGGACCACAUAGGGCAGCACGUGUCGCUAAGCUUGGGAAGGGACAUUACGGCCAUCGUCGCCGCCAGUGGAUCCUGGAAAGAGACCCGAAAUGAAAUGAUGAGGAAGUAUCUAAAGGCGGAGAAAAUGGCAACGGAAGCAGAAUUGGCAGCCGUACAGAGGAGGAACUAUGCGACCUACAACGACUUUCUGAGACCAUUCACCCUAGUGGCGUUACGGAUUCUGGGGGUAACAGACCGAAUCAUGAGCAAGUAUUUCCUUAGACAGUUCUUCGAGUUUAAUAAAGAUAAAAUCCUGUCGGCCUACCAACAGACUAGUAAGUUUGAGUACAUGAGGGACGUGGACUUCAGCACCGUAACAGAUCUCGCAGAAAAGACGGUAGUAACCGAUACGCUAGCCCUGCUCAAGGAAGGGGAAGUUAUAGACUUGAUCGGGAAAAUGGGGGACAAGGUGAAGAAGGGGAUAGAAAGCUUGCAUGAACGAGUGCACGGGGUUGACAAUAAGAUAGAGAGAGUGGAAAACGCGCUACUGGUAAUGCAGGCGCAGGUGUCCCGACCCGCCCUCCCGCCCCAAGAAGCCAUAGUCCCAGCAGCAGUGGCAAAUCGGGGAUACGACAGGAAGGACCCGACCAAUGAGCAAUGCAUAUAUUGCACGAUGGUCGAACACUUCGUACGAACCUGCCCGAGACUCAACCACGAUAUUAUGAGGCAGAGGUGUUAGGUCCCUUAAAGGUGAAAUUUUCGGACCCCAGGGGGAGCGAAUAAACUGGAAUUCGCCAG